AUGAACCUCCUGUCGCCUCUGUUGCUGCUUUUCAUUGCCGGCUGUGCCGUGGCAAAGGUAUUGCCCAGCAACGGUGAUCUCAGCAUUGAUCAGCAUGGACAACGGGUGUAUAAGGAUCAGGUGGAAGACGACAAGUGCCACUAUCACUGCCCGGAAAGGGAUCCUUCCGUAUGCUCUUCGAACGGACAGUGCCUGCUGAAGUUUGAGAGCCGCUGCAGUAUGGCCGCCUACAACUGCCGAAAUCCCCAGAAGCCCUUCAGCAUUGUGGAAGAUCACCGCUGCACCAAGGACUGGGAGCCCAUGUGCUUGGAGUCGGACCUCAAAGAGUUUGGGUUGUAACGACGGUUUUGGCUAUGAGGUUGCAGCAUUAAAGGAAUAAAUACAU